GCCAUGUUUUGUUUCAAUUUCAAAACUAAGUACAUGUAUAUUUAUCUCCAAAUAGGAGAGUUCUGAUUUAUGAGUAAUUUCCGGACAGUAGUAUUCGCCGGUAUAGAAGACUACCGGUAUAAGUUUUUCCCGACAAUGAGCAACGCAAGAGUAAUUUUCAAAUCUAGACCAGGCGCGGACAACGCUCCGAUGGUUAGCAAUUUCCAGUGCGAGGCUUGCAGCGUGCCCGACCCUCCCGGGCAGGGUGAGCUGACCAUCAACUCACUGUUUCUGUCCCUGGAUCCAGCACUUAGAUGUCGAAUGAACGAUAGCACAGGCGUAGACUACAUGAAGGAAUGGACGGUCGGUGAGCCCGUGCUUGGACUUGGCGGUGUCGGCGUGGUUACCGCGAGUUGUUCCGCAUCUUUUGCCGUCGGCGACAUGGUACAGGCCUUGAUGAACUGGCCGUGGGUGGAAAGGUUCAACACCCGCGUUGACAGUGCAUUGUUUCCAUUGUACAAGCUUGACGAUUCACUCAAAUACAAACCUCAGCUAGUUCUUUCGCUGUUUGGAAUCACCGGGCUGACGUCAUACCUCGGGGUCAAGGAGAGGGGUCAACUUUCGGCUGAUACGAAACAAACGUUCGUUGUCAGCGGAGCAGCGGGGGCAUGCGGCAACUUGGCUGGACAGAUCGCCCGGCUUCAUGGCGCCGCCAGGGUGGUCGGCAUUUGCGGCUCGGACGAGAAAUGCCGAUACCUUGAGAGCCAUUUGGGCUUCGACUCAGCGGUCAAUUAUAAAUCCGAACACUUCGCGGACAGGCUUUCACGGGCGUGUCCGGAAGGUAUUAACUGUUACUUUGACAACGUCGGUGGAGAUGUAAGCGACUGCGUCAUCCGACUGAUGUCACCGAACUCCCGUGUGAUCCUGUGUGGACAGAUCGCGGUGUACAACAAGGAUCUGCCCUAUCCACCACCUAUCUCUGAGGAGAUACAGUCAAUCCUGGCGGAACGAAACAUAACCAGGGAGCGGUUUUUAGUGUUGGCGUAUGAAGAUCAAUUUACCGACGCUCUACGACAACUACAACUAUGGUACUCAGAAGGCAAACUAAAGGUUCCAGAAUUCGUGCACGAGGGCCUAAAGUCCGCGCCCCAGGCGUUUGUUGACAUGAUUACCAGUGUUCGGCAGACGCAUGUUGGCAAACAGAUCGUCAGCGUGUCAUGGCGAGAACGUUUUGUCGAAUCCCCAGAUCAAUAGCUAUUUUGUUACAUAUGAUGUAUAUACUUGUUGUACAGAUAUGUUUU